CCUAAAAACUGAGUUUUGUCUUCCUUAGCAUUGGGUCGAUGAUGAGGUGUGUGCUUUGUUGAUGAAUUUCGAGUGUAGCAGGUGAUCGAAGGCCGAAGGGAGUUCUAAGGUUUGAUCAUGGAGGGGGAAGAGAGUCUGUUGGAUGCUAUUAAUGAAGAAGACGGAUUUGAAAACAUGGAGGAUGUUGACAUGGUUGAUGUCGAAGAAGGAGAGAUUCUUGUGGAGCAUGGUUUAGAUUCUGGGGAGGGACGAAAUGGUGACGGUGAUGGAGAGAAAGAUAAAGGAGGGGUUUUGGGUAAGAAGAGUGGACAGGAUCAGCCAAACAAGAACAAAAAGAAGAAGAAGAAAAAGAGAAAGGGCCCUGUGAGGGACAAACCCAUGAGUGUAGACUGGUUUGUUAGGGAUACCUGUAGACGCCUGAAAGAAAAGAAGUCUUACAUGGUAUACACAGCAGUUGGGUGUCUUGGAAUGGCUGCCUUAAGUGAUCUUGUCAAUGAGGUGGAAGCAGUUGAGACCUGUGGGGGUCAAGUGACUGCUGAUGGCAGUAGGAAACGGACAGGUGGUGGUGUAUUGUGGAACAUCAUCAAAGCGAGACAGCCCGCAGCUCACAGAGAGAUUAUGAAAAAGACUAAAGAGUUUGAGAAGCAAUUUAGGCACCCAAACACGAGGCCGAAAAGAGAUCAGGGUAUCUCCUCCGAAGGACUUGCCUCUGCUAAUGCAUCUGCUGAUGAAGCUCUUGUCAAUGAGAUGUAUGAUACGCCAGUAGCUGAGAAGACUGAAUCCAAACCGCAAGUAGAAAGGAAACCUGUUCAUGAGAGGAUCAGAGUCCCUGUUUCCUAUGAUGACCUUUUCAGAGAAGUUUCUUUGGAUGCUUCACAAGCACAACAGUCUUCUGCUUAAGCUCAUUUUUUACCUGUUUGCCUUAGAAUUUUUUGACUAGGUAAACAAUAUGUCUAAGCAGCUGGAUUGCUUCUUCUCUUGUGGAAAGCAAUGAUUUUGUUGAGAAAUGCAUUAACCAGUUUAUAUAUACCAAAUUGGCAAA